UCUUAAAUUUGCUCGCAAAUCCUUUUGGUGGUGGUGUUUGGAGGAUUGUGGUGGGUUGUGAAUGUGAUCGGCGCGGGAGUGCAUAGCAGUGUUGGAUGAAAGAAAUGAUGUGGUGCAGCAGUUGGUGGUAGUGUUCCUUUACCUGCAUGGGGUCAUGCCUACCACGCAAGCCACGAUGGCGCUCUGCAAUUCUUCUCUCUUCACUUGGGUUUGGACUUUGGAGGUUGUUUCUUCCAUUUUACCCAAAAUUUGACCUUAGAUAUGGCUAAAGUUUUAUAACAUUUAAAAUGAAAACAAAAUAAGAGAAUUGAGUGGGCCUGGCCCAAACAAACAAGGCCCGAAAGACCUAAUAAUCAUUUUGGAGGUUCCUCUCCUUCCUCUCCACCUACGAUCUCCCUUCCACCGUAUAGUCAUCGCAACCAUGGAAAACUGUCAACAACAUCAUCACCACCACCUCCAAAACCAAGACACUUCAUCAGCAUCACCUCCCAUCACCGGCACAUGCUGCAAGUGCGGCGGCCCUACUACCUUCCCCCCUCCCCCGCCAGGUCCCACCUUCCAAUCUCCGGCCAAGCGCAUCCACUCCCCCGACGACAUCCGCCGCUUCCACGAAAGCGAUUCCGGCAAGAACUUCAUUGGCUUCGUCGUCGCACUCUCCGAAUCUAUUCGCGGUCACAAGAUCUCCGACCCCUGCCCCGAGUCCCACACCCUAACCGCCAUCGUCUCCAUCUUAGAAACCCUAACCCAAUGGGUCGAUGAGAUCCCUCCCGUUCAGCAGUCCGCAAGAUACGGCAACAUCGCCUACAGAACCUGGCACCAGAAGAUGUCCGAUUCCGCCGAAUCCCUUAUGCUCCGAUUCCUCCCGGAGAAUCUCAAAUCGGUGACGAUCGAGAUCGUGCCCUAUUUCACUGACAGCUUCGGGAACUCGAGCCGAAUCGACUAUGGAACUGGCCAUGAGACGAAUUUCGCGGCUUGGCUGUAUUGCCUGGCCAGAUUAGGGUUAAUAAGCGAAGAGGAUUACCAGGCUGUGAUUUCUAGGGUAUUUGUGAAGUACCUUGAGUUGAUGAGGAAGCUUCAAUUGGUGUAUUGCCUGGAACCAGCUGGAUCACAUGGUGUGUGGGGUCUUGAUGAUUAUCACUUUUUGCCAUUCAUAUUUGGUUCUUCUCAGUUGAUUGAUCACAGGUACAUGAAGCCGAAAUCGAUUCACAAUCAGGACAUACUGGAGAACUUCUCCAAUGAAUACCUAUACCUCGGUUGCAUUGCCUUCGUGAAGAAGGUGAAGAAGGGUCUCUUCGCGGAGCACUCCCCCAUGCUGGAUGAUAUCAGCGUGGUGCCCAAUUGGAACAAGGUCAAUAGUGGUUUGCUCAAGAUGUACAAGGCUGAGGUCUUGGAGAAGGUCCCCAUCAUGCAGCAUUUCCUCUUUGGAUCACUCAUUAAGUGGGAGUAAUUCAUGGGUUCUCUCUCUUCCAACGACUUGUGCUUGGAUUCAGCUUGGCUGUGAGACCAAGAUAUAAUCCAGUUUGAUCAUAUCACUGGUGUAGGAAGACAUUACGGGGAAUCAUAUCUCACAGCAGUUUAGUUCAUUGAUCUUUUUUUUGUUUCGGUGUUGAAGUGCUGGUUCACUGUUGACUGUUAUUCUGGAUGCACGCAUUAGUCAAAGUAAAUAAUGGGUAGUGUUUAUUCAUCUAAUACAGAGAAUAGAGAUAUAUAGUAUAUGAGGAGAAUGUUUGCCGCCCACAUCACGUUUAAUGAUUCUGCGCAUUCAAGUUUCUAUAUGAUCUAGACAAUGCAUGCUUGCUGAUGGUUUGGAGUCCUAAUUUUGUAGGAUUGAAUUUCAUGUAUAAAGAAGUUUAACAGCUUAAACAAAAUAUAUAAUCAAUUUUCUGUAUUC